GGCCACUCGGAGCAGCUCCGCCGCGGGGACUGCACCGCCCGCCCUGCCGGACCCGCCCCGACCGGGGCUCGCCGCCCGCAGCAGCCGCAGCACCGCGACCUCGGGCCCCGCGCUGGCUAUGGCUGUGCCCUGGGGCUGAGCGCGCAGGCUGUGUGACCGAGAUUCCCAAGAGAGAGACACUCCGAGGAGAGGAGAGGAAGGAGGGGCGGGCUUCUGGCAAGGCAUCUGCUCCUGAACCAAGUCCUGCGAAGAUGGAGAAGGAGGAAGAGACGACCCGGGAGCUGCUGCUGCCCAACUGGCAGGGCAGCGGCUCCCACGGGCUGACCAUCACCCAGAGGGACGACGGCGUCUUUGUGCAGGAGGUGAUGCAGAACUCCCCUGCGGCCCGCACUGGGGUGGUCAAGGAGGGGGACCAGAUUGUGGGUGCCACCAUCUACUUUGACAACCUGCAGUCGGGAGAGGUGACCCAGCUGCUGAACACCAUGGGGCACCACACCGUGGGCCUGAAGCUGCAUCGCAAGGGGGACCGUUCCCCAGAGCCUGGCCAGACCUGGACCCACGAAGUCUUCAGCUCCCACAGCUCUGAAGUGGUUCUGGUGAGUGCCUGGCUGGCCGGCCGUGCCCUUCGCUCCCCCGACCACGCCGACGGGCCGGUCCCCCUUCCUGAGCCUCUGUCCGCCCGCUGGACCUUGCUCGCUUGUCCUUCCUGGCUUCUCUCCUGCUCUCACCCUGUGCUCUCUGUAGAGCCAGCCCGUUUCUCCUUUUCACGUGUGGCUGCCGCUAAAAGUCUUCCGUCAGUCUCUUCCGAGGGUCCCCGCCUGGGGACCCACGCAUUGGUCUGGUCCUCGGUGCCAGGAGGAA